AUGACAGGAAGAGGACAUGCCUCCCGAGGUUGGUCGCAUUUUGAAGGAAACUGUGAAUAAAUCCUGAGAGUGAUUGAAUUUCGCAAUUGAUACAAAAUAAUUUUUUAAAGUAUAAAGAAGAUGGAUUGUUAUUUCCUGCUCCCCUUUUUUGAAAAAAAUUAUAAACUGUCUAGAAAUCGGACAAUGUUCGAAAGCUUUUCAGGUGGUCGUUCUUCUCAAAUGCCAGAGUUUGUGCUGGACACUCACCGUCGCGGAAGAGGCCGUCCCCGAAAGUUUCCACUUUCGACUCCCCUUCAGUUGCCGGCCGAUGUCGAACAGAACCCUGACGAUGAAUUCCGGAGCACAGAGGCAGAGUUCUAUCCUGCCGCAGUGGUGGAGGAGGACGAUCGGCUCGAUAUGGAGAAGAUCAAGUUAGUCAAAUAAACAAUUAAUCGGGAAGCUGAGGAAAUUUUAUUUCAGACAAAUUCAACAACAGAAAAUGAUGAUAGUAACUCCGAUGGCUCAGAAGCGCGCACGUGGAAGACCUCCGAGGCAGAGUACUUCGACGAGUCGAACACCAUUGGACGAGGAACUUCUGGAGGAGGAAAUUGUGAUGGAAGACUUGGAACAAGCAAAUGAGCAUCCGGAGGCAUCCGGAUCGUCCGAAGGGCCAUCGGAGAAAAGCGUUCCGCCACCGCCGCUGCUCGGAAGAGGAUCUCGUUCUCGACAAACUCCGAAGAGGCUAAAUGAUUUCGUGCAUUCGGAGAAGAAGUCAGCAACGAGCAGAGUGCAGAGAGUGAUCGGAAUGGCUCCCCUCACUCUUCCGUCUCUGCCGCCGCCUGUACCGCUAACCCAAAGUGCUCCGAUCGAUUGUCCAAUCGCCGAAGAUCGAAUUGAACCUCUAAUACCAAAUGAAGCUCAUAUUGAGGAGACGGUGGAUAAGACGAAACCGAGAAAAGAGCACGAUCCGAGAGAAGGACCUCCUCCCAAACCGGUUUUGCUGGAGAAACUAGAGGAAGGAGCCAGCGGUCCCCCACCGGCACCACGUCAUUUGGCAAAUAAGGCGAACAGUCGAGGACGUCCCGCAACUCACAUGGUGCCACCGCAUCGACGUCCCAUUCCGAAGGAUCUGAUGCCUCCAGGCAUGCUCAAACGAGUUAGUCUCAUGAAAGAUCUGAUUCCCGCGAAACGGAAAGAUGUUCGGGAGAAGUCAAUAGAUGCGAAAGUGUUGCCAUCUGUCGAGAGGACCCGGAUGAGUCCUCUUCUGCCGCUUCAUCUGCCGCCGUUCCGUUCCCGACGACCCUGUUGGCUCAACUGCAGCUUCCAAAAUCCUCUCAAACAGCGUCCAGUGCUCCAACCACUUCGUCGGCUCCGGAUGUAGAUUCCACGGCAGCACCGGAAGGACAUCGAGAAGCCGCAAUCUUGCUGUCGACUAUAGAAGUGAAGCAAGAGCCUCCGGAAGCGGUGAACGAAGUGAUAAUAUCUGAAAGUGACGGCCCUCCGCCAAUGCCUCCUUCACUCCAACAACAACUCCAUCAGCAACAACAAUCUGCAGCAACUUCCGGAGCGAUAUCCACGAAAAAGGAAAGAGAGGCUGGAAAGGAUCUUCCGUCAGAGCAUUUUCCGAAAGAAAAGGCGAGACACGUGUCCACGCGAGGAAUUGUUCCUUUUCAUGAGAAAGAACAGAUGAUGCAGUACGAUAUGAGAGAUCAAGUUCUGAUGCAUCCAGACGAAAUGGGACAACAGUCGAGUGGGGCUCAGCAGAGAGUGCUCACUCUUCAAGGAGGAAGCUUCAUUGAAGAUCGGAUAGGAAGAGCGGAUCUGAUGGAGGACGAGGAGAUGAAAAUGAUGAAGACGAUGCAGCAGCAGCAGUACAUUCAAGUGGAGGAGAAUGGAGUGAACGUCAUGUACGAGGUGGAUCCGAACGAUGUGAUCGAAGGGAAGAGCAAGUGGGAAUGGAGGAUGCCGAAGAAGUGGGACCUGAUGGACAGUAUGCGAUUGGAGGGCAUCAGAUGCAGAAGGAAAUGGAGGAUGACGACGACGACGAUGAGCUACCGCCACAGUUGGUCGCCGAAGGAGUAGCAGAAGAAGUGAUCGAAGACGAUAUGCGAAGAACUGGCGAUGAUAAAUUGCCGUUGGAUGAGGACGGCAAUUUCGAUUUAAAUUUGCUGGAGGAUGGAGAAAUGAUUCGGUUGCAAUCUCCCGGAGGACGACCGCAUGACGUCAGAUUGGCGCGAGAUCAGCUCGGAAAUGCAGUAUUCAUUGACGAGCACGGACAGGUUGUGGAGUUGGUAACGGAUACCGGAGCACUUGUGGAGCCUAACAACAUGCAGGAGCAGCAAGAGAUGAUGGAGCAAGAGCAGCAGGAUGGGGACCAGAAAAAGAAAAUGAUCCUGCAAGGGAGCCAACAGGGAACGUCUGGGCAGAUCAGUGAGUCGAACCUCUGAAUUGCAAUUAAUUAGUUUUGUUUUUAGAUGCUCCGUCCGGUGAUCGUCCCAGUCUAGAGUUCAGCUUUCUGGACACUAACAAUAUUUGCUGUGGCCUGUGCGGAGAAAUCGUGCUCUACGAGAAGCUGGUCUCUGAACAUCUCCCGAACGCGCAUCCGGAAUACAUUUCGCCUGGUGUUGAAUUGGAAGAAGUUCCGUACGACAACUGGCUGAAGACACGUUUGAAGCAAGAAAUGAAGUCGAUGCAGAACGGAUUCCGGCACUACGAUGAACAUGACAAUGCCGGCUUCGGAGGCGCCGUCCGUCUUUAUUCGAAAGGACUCCGACAGCUUCGGAAAGUGAGCCAAAUCCGAGUGAAUGUGAACGAGAUGACGAUGCCGCAACUGGAGAUCGCACUCAAGCGAAAACUGGUGGAAAAAAUGGGCAGGAAGGUGCCGGUGUCGCUGGUCGACCGCCUUCAUGCUCGUUGCGACAUAUGCCAAGCCGUCGUGUCCCUCAACAAAAAGUUCGAAGUGGUCCAUCUCGUCCGCCACUUCAAUGCCUGGCAUCCAGCUGAGCAUCGCUGCAGUCAGGAGUGGAAAGAGAACCAGCAGCCAGCGCCUGUGGCUGGCGUCCGUCGCCAUCUCUCUCUUCACGACUUUGCAGUUGUGAGCACCGAGUCGGAUCAGAAUAAUCUACAGUGUAUAUGGUGUGGAAUGUUCAUGGAUCGCGCGGCGCUCGGAAUGCAUUUCACCGAAGUGCACUCCCCAAGUGUGGCAGUUCCGAAUUGCUCACUCUGUCUCCAGGAGAUGGUUAUGACUGCGAGAUUAAUGGAAAAGUAUGGAGAGGAUUUCGGCAUCAGUCUUCCGGACGAAUUCCACCUGCACAGCACCAAACUGGACGCGAAGUUCAGCUCGGAAAAGUCUUUGGAUAAGGCGAUAGAUAAAUAUCUGAAAAGAUCGAAAGCUGGAAAUGACAAUGAGGAAGAUGAAGAUCGAGAGGAUUCAGAAGCGGUGAGUGAUCAUGAGAGUUGCCAUGAUAUUAUUACAUUUCGUUUUAGAUUUGCACGACAAACAGUCAACAGUCGUUCGGAAGGCGUAACCGUCUGAAACGGAAGUUUGUGAAGCCGUGCUUCCGUCAGAUUUGUCCGACGAACUCUCAGUUCUUCGAGGCAAUCUCCGCGUGCGAGUGGAAGUGUCGUCUGUGCCAUCGAAAAGUGUACGGAGCCGUCAUUUCGGCCGGAGCCAUCAAACACUUCAAAGAAUUCCAUCCGUCUGAAAUAGACAAUAUGCAGUACGAGCUCGUGAAAGCGCGUCUCGAACGGAUCGGAGACGGAUCGAUGGAGUUUGUUCAUCCGCAACUCGUGGAGUGUCUCAUCUGCAAUCUAACCUAUGCUCUCCACAAACCAUUCAAUAUUUGUCGUGCCAUCCGUCAUCUUCGUCUGAAACACCCAGAAGUGAUGCCUGAAACUGCCGGAAAACCAAUUAGCGGGGCGGAGAUAGCAGAGACGACCGAUCUUCAGAAAGCUCCGCUCAAGCAUGAAAUUCGAUUCGGAGAGAUGAUCACAGAUCCUAUCAGCCUCGAAAGGUUCAGAAAGGAGAACUAUGAUCAGCAGUUCGACAAAGUCCAGGUUGUUUAUGGAAUCAAGAAGAACAACGAGCCGGCAUACAUUCUGUUGAUGGAAAACGAGAAGAUGGACAUGAAGACGGCACUGGAGAUGGCUGAAAAAGUGGCAGCUGAAGACAAUCACGACAGAGCCACGGAGAGUCGAUACCAACAAAUGGUCAAUGAAGAUGGCGAGGAAGAGAUCACGGAUAUUCCGAUUGACGAGCAAGAGGACUAUGCGGAGGCCCAAAGAGCGACUGAAAUUUAUCAGUCGGACCAGAAGAAUCAAAUGGUGCUCGACUUCCCGGAGCAGAUUGUGGAGGAGGAGACAGAGGAGAUCGAGAUGUCCGCUGGAACACAGUUCAUUCCGACUUACGAUGCCAACAAUCAUGUGCUGAUCGAGGAAAACGAAAUAAUAGUAAGAGGAACAGUCAGGAAAGCAGAUAAUACCUUUUGUUUUCAGAACGAUGGCAACUAUGAAGUGAUUCAAGAGGGCGAUUACCAAGAAAUGGACGAGGACAACAGAGUGAGCGCUGCCCCGAAUAGGAACUCGGGUGCUGCCCCGAAUAGGAACUUUCCGAAUCAGAACUGGUACGAAUCAGUACUAUUUUCAGUGCUAAUUGGUUCUGAUUCAUACCAGUUUUGAUUCGGGAAGUUCCGAUUCGGGGCAGCACCGAGUGAACCACUUCCCCCUCUGCCUGUUUCCCAAUUCAAUUUCUUUCAGAAUGUCCGUUAUUUGACCGAAGAAGAGCUUCAGGAAGCGCAAGCUCGUGGUGAGCUUCUCGAGUACGCUGUCGAAGAAUACGGAGUCGAGGAGUAUGCAGAACAACAAUAA